GGCGGCGCACUGCUCUGUAGGACUCGCUGCAGCCAAAGCAGGUACUGAGUCAAACACUGCUAUCAUGUAGAGAGACAGCUGGCAUUGGCGUCAGCCCGGUCUACUCGUGCUCUUGCGUAACUUAAAAACAAAGAACUUAUGUGGGAAUUUCAUCAAAAUACGACAGCAGCACCGAUAUUUUGGCUUGGUGGUUUCCUGCGAAGAGUUUGUUGUUUAAGAAGCUGUGGUCCACCCACAGCCUUACUGUGUCAGCAACAUCGCUGUUUCUUCUGGAGGAAGUGGAAAAAUUCUCACCAUGUAGUUCGCCCAGCUAAUGUUAGGCCUGCCUAUGCAGUACCCAAGCACAUUGUGCGGCCUGACUAUGUUGGCACUGGACUGGUCCCAGAAUGGCCCGACUACAUAGAGAUCAAAGACCAAGAGCAGAUCGAAGGCCUUGCCAGAGCAUGUCAGCUAGCCAGGCGUGUGCUGCUACUCGCUGGACGCAGUCUGAGGGUUGGUAUGACAACAGAUGAAAUAGACUUCAUCGUGCACCAGGAGACAAUCAAGCACAACGCCUACCCCUCCCCUCUCAGAUACGGGGGUUUUCCAAAGUCAGUUUGUACGUCUGUGAACAAUGUGGUCUGCCACGGCAUACCUGACAGUCGGCAACUUCAAGACGGAGAUAUCAUCAACGUCGACGUCACUGUGUAUUUGGAUGGUUACCACGGUGACACCUCAGAAACCUUCUUGAUUGGCCAGGUGGAUGAAGCUGGGCAGCGACUGGUGGAAACCGCCAGGCGCUGCCGAGAUGAGGCCAUUGCUGCCUGCAGGCCGGGUGCACAGCUCUGUGUUAUAGGAAACACUAUCAGUGAAAUAGCCUGUGCCAGUGGCUUUCAAGUGUGUCCUUAUUUCAUUGGACAUGGAAUCGGCUCCUACUUUCACUGCCAUCCUGAGAUCUGGCACCACGCUAAUGACAAUGACAUGACCAUGGACGAAGGGAUGUCUUUCACAAUAGAGCCCAUACUGAUGGAGGGGUCAGCAGAGUUUAAAAUCCUGAAGGACAAGUGGACUGCAGUGUCUGCAGACGAUAAAAGGUCUGCUCAGUUUGAACACACGGUGGUCAUCACAUCUGACGGAGUGGAUAUUCUCACCAAGCUGCCAGAAGAGAGCAAUCUGUGACCGGAAGGAAUCUAAACGCUGACUCCAACUUUGACGGAAAUGUCUUUACCUCAAACACGAUUUAAACUACCCUCUGUGUUAACAAAGCACUGUUACAAAAACUUGAAUAGUGAUUCACCUAGACACUUUUUUAACAAGUGUGUCGUUUCUAACUGUAAAGUGUGUAAAAAGAAAUUAAAUUAAGUUUCUCAAUUUGCUUUUGAUUGGACACGCACAGUAUCUGUAUAUUCAGUUUGAAGGCGUUUUUUUCACCCUCAAUUGGAGCAUAUGUGGUGCUUCUCAUGACUGAAGUAGAGCUCUGUUCAAAUCAGGAUUGUAGCUAGUGCCAUUAUAAGAGAUCCCAGUCUCCUUCAAACUUCAGUGUCUUUUUUUGCCAACCCAUCAACAGCUGACCAGUUAAUUAUGUUUCCACUUGGGCCAUUUGUGCACCGUCCAUUUACUAAAAGUGCUUAUUAAAGAUUAUUAUCUGGUAAGGAUCUCUACAGAGAUAGACCCUCAAUUAACAAAAUAAUAAAAUAUAAUGUCUUAAAAACUCCAUUAAAUAAACAGCAAUUUUAGUGUG